AUUUAUCUCAAUAUUCAAAAUAUCACGAUGGGGGAAGUUGAGAGCGUCUCUCUCUAGCCAUUCGCGGCCGGACUCUUCCCCUUUCGGUCUUCUCGGGUCGGCACCACCACUUGCGGUGGCCGCCGCCGUCGGGGCCUCCCGGCUCCGGCGGGUCUCUAGGUACCUUGGUUACACAUUUUUGGAACUUGGGCUGGACCACCUCGGUGGUUCUUGGGAGGUUUUUUCGCUAAAGCUUCCUGGCCGGAUUUUAUGGAUGUUUGGACUGGUUUUGAGCUGGAGUAUGGCAGGGCUCGGCUAUCUCAGUGGUUCUUGGAAGAUUUGGAAGACUGGUUCGCUGGAGCUGACCGGAAUUUAUGGAAGUGAAGGUUGAGUUUGAGCUGGGUUCUUCAAUGGCGGCGCUAAUGCUGGAGAUUUCUGGGGGUUUCUAAUGGUGCUCGAACAGGUUACAUCCUUGGGGGGGAAUUCUUGGAGGUGCCGGUCAUCACUGUGGAUCCGGCCGGCAGGGGUCAUUGCGUGUGGGGGGAGCAUGUACAGUGACGAGGUCGGGGAGGAAGAUGGUCUGGUUGCGUUUCGUAUGGGAGUUCUGACCGGAGAAAUAAACCUGGUUGGGUCACCGGAGGUUGCGACCGGAGAUAGAAGGUAAGGUUAUGCCAUGGCUUCCGGUUCGAAGGUAUGUAGGUGUUUGCUUUCUUUCUUUUUUUUGGUGAGGACUCUUCUGGAUGAAGCCUGAAAUGCUCCUGGAUGCACCCGCCACUGUUGAAGGACCGGCCAGUGGCUCAUGCGUGUAGGGGUGGCAUGUACAGGGUCAGGGUCCGGAGAAGAUACUGGUUGGGACGUUUUGGGAUGUUCUAGGGCGACAGAUAGAAGGGUCUAAUACCCAAGGUUGGAAAGGCAUGGGGAUUUUACUGAUUUUUCAAGCCGGAGAAGACGCCCGGAGAUAGGGAUUGGGAGUGAUUUACCGGUGAGGACAACUGGUGUGUGAGGUGCGAACCUGAUGCAAACUAGUUUGGGUCCAACUGGGUCGGAUUUGUGAUUUUAGUACAAAACGUUUCGUGACAGUGGCCAGGGUUCGCCGGAGAAGAUGACCGGCAAGCCGGGAAACGAUUCCGCCUGCCACUACUUUGUUUCGGGCUACUGUUGCUCCGCCACCGUACCGUCAUACCACCGACGCCGCCGGGGCUCGACGGGGGUGGGUGGUGGAAGGUGGAAGCUUGGGCCAGCAGGGGGUUACGUCCGGUUUGGUGGUGCCCUGGUUUUCCGGUCGCCGGACUGCCUGGUGGUACCGGCACCAGGUGGGGGGACUAGGGUAAGGGGUGGGGUGGGUUGACUGACUGCUCACCAGAUGGGCCAGGCUGUCCGUUGACCUGCCAGAUUUUGAAAUUUGAAUUCUGGACCGGCGGCUGGGAAUGCGUAGCGAUGAAAGGUUGGGGUGUGGGCUGUUGCCCUAAAUUUCGGCUUGUAGCUAUGCGGAUGUGCUGGGUUGCUUUUGUGGGCCGCAAGGUUUGUGAUGGGCUUUGGACUAGCAGCGGCUCCAGGGCGGAUGACUGAUGCUUGGAUGUGCGGAUGGGCCUUCUCAUGGUGGGCUGCUGCCUGGAUUCUUGGCCCGCGCGUGCUGAAGCUUCUUGGGGCCUGACUUUUUGCUGAAUUUGACUCCUUUUGGGCUUUCGGACAGCCCUUGUGUGGGGUUUGACCUGGACUUUUAUUAGUGAUACUGCUUAGCAGUUUAGAUUGGGCCGCUGUAGGCUGGAUGGGAUUUCUUUUUGUGAUAUGAGCCGGGGGCCUGUCCCGUGCUUUUUUGAAUUCUCCGAAAAUCCUCUCCCCCCCCCGCCGGGGGGGGGGGAUACGGUAUAUACUAUUUUAGGUUAGCUUGCUACCUAGAUAGUUCUUUUUGAUUCUUUUGAUGCAUACUAUUUUCUGGAUAUAUAUAUUUACAUUUUAUCCAAAAAAAAAUGAACAUACACAAUUUAC